UUCUGGCCAUAGACGUGAACAGAACGAAUCACCGGACAGACCACGGGGGCUGCACGCGGAUCGUGACUCGCGCGUGUAGAUAUUGAAUAAAAACUAUUUUUUAAGCCCGUCCGAUCUCGUUUGUUUAUAAAUAUAACUAUAAUUGAAAUAAGCCGGCGUUUUUAAAUUGAAUAUUUAACCGAUAUAACUCUGGUAAGUGAUUAGAGUAAGAAAUAUGGCGAACAGCGUAGCACCAGACUCGUGGGAGCAGCAGGCGGACGGCGGAGAUAAUGCCAAUGGCCAGGAUAAAUCAUUGGAGAGUAAAUUCUCAACGUUGAACGUAAAUGCCGCCGAAUUCGUGCCUUCUUUCUGCAUACCAUCCUCGGAAACAAGCUCAGCAGGCGACAGCCCUAAUGCCACCGUUCCUGACACCAGCCACGGUGAAAGCUCAGUGGCAGUUCCACCUGAUCCGGCUGGUACUCUAGCGGAGGAACCUCCUGCCGGGGGAGGGGCGCCACCUCCAAAUGCAACAAAUGCAAAGAACGCCAGUCCCGAGCAUCAGCCAGCUGACUCGUGGGAAGAAGCAGCUAUAGACGGCGACCCUCUGUUAACGCCGGAGAACGAAGAGGCUGAUAUUGAUGAGGAUGAGGAAAUGGUAGUGAAAAUACCCAAAAAGAAGCCAGUCAAAGUAGCAGAAGACACAAAAAGCAAAAAAGAACACGUUAAUGUUGUCUUUAUCGGGCAUGUCGAUGCGGGCAAAUCGACCAUCGGUGGGCAGAUCAUGGCGUUAACAGGUAUGGUGGACAAGAGAACACUGGAAAAAUAUGAAAGAGAAGCCAAGGAAAGAAGCAGAGAAACGUGGUACCUCAGUUGGGCGCUCGACACCAAUCAGGAAGAGAGAGAAAAAGGGAAAACAGUCGAGGUCGGCAGAGCAUACUUUGAAACUGAAAGAAAGCACUUCACGAUUCUGGAUGCCCCGGGACACAAGAGUUUUGUACCAAACAUGAUUGGCGGUGCUGCGCAAGCUGACUUGGCUGUUCUGGUCAUCUCGGCGAGGAAAGGUGAAUUCGAAACUGGUUUUGACAGAGGGGGGCAAACCAGGGAACACGCUAUGCUUGCUAAAACAGCUGGUGUUAAACAUUUGGUAGUAUUAGUUAACAAAAUGGACGACCCUACGGUAGAAUGGGAUGAAGGAAGAUACAACGAAUGCAGAGAUAAAAUUUUACCUUAUCUUCGCAAGUUGGGAUUCAAUCCAGCAAAAGACUUGACCUUUAUGCCAGUUUCCGGGCAACUUGGAAUAGGCUUAAAAGACCCAAUUCCCGAAGACCUUUGUACUUGGUACAAGGGCGAUGCUUUCAUACCUUUCAUUGAUCAGUUACCAUCUUUAAAUCGUAAAAGUAACGGACCUUUCAUCAUGCCAAUUGUGGAUAAAUAUAAGGACAUGGGUACGGUAGUAAUGGGAAAAGUUGAAGCCGGAGAAGCCAAGAAAGGACAUCCACUGCUCGUCAUGCCUAAUAGAACAGCAGUAACGGUGGACCAAUUGUGGUCUGAUGACGAAGAAGUGACGUCGGUUGGCCCUGGUGAGAAUGUAAAGAUUAAACUAAAGGGUAUAGAGGAAGAAGACGUCAGUCCCGGUUUUGUCCUAUGCGAUAGCAACAACCCGAUAAAAACGGGAAAAAUAUUCGACGCACAAGUCGUUAUUCUCGAACACAAAAGCAUUAUAUGCGCGGGGUACAGUGCUGUUAUGCACAUUCAUUGUGCGGCUGAAGAAGUAACUGUGAACGCGCUCAUUUGUUUGGUAGAUAAAAAAUCUGGUGAUAAAAGUAAAACGCGACCAAGGUUUGUCAAACAAGAUCAAGUCGCCAUAAUGAGAAUUGAGUGUGCAGGAGUUAUUUGCCUUGAACAGUUCAAACUGUUUCCACAAAUGGGACGGUUUACUUUGAGGGACGAAAACAAAACGAUUGCUAUUGGCAAGGUGCUGAAGGUGGUUGAAUAAGUUUUAUUUUACGUUCACUUCCGUUGUGGAGAAGACGAUUAAUUACCAUCGAACACAUUGGAACACUAUUCUGACAGUGUAAACGAACUCGAAAAUCUAUGAUUUAUGCAUUGAACAUCAGAUGAAACAAAACACACACUCAGUAAGUAUCGGUACUGGGUGAACAGAGAGAUAUAUAUGCGAAUUCUAUAUAUAUAUAUAUAUUAUAUAUGCAGAAUAUAUAUGACAAACUAAAAUAAAACCACUUUGAUUACGAAAAGAAUAAAAUAGAUAAUAACAAAAAUGUUUUUAAAAAACAUGGCCCCCCCAAAAAACAAACAAAACGAAAAAAGAUACCUUUUCAGGUUUUCAUUGUCGUUGAAAUAUUUUAAUGGCGCGGUUAAGAGGGAGGGGGUAUGAAAAAAAGGCUUUUUCAAUUUCAAAUGAAGGCGAUAUUUUUGUUUUUCGGAGCUAUGGGAAAAAUGAUUAUCGAUAAAAUUUACGCCGAUUAUUAUUAUUAUUAUUAAUAUUAUUAUUAAUAUUAUUGAAUUGAUGGGUAAUAGAUGAAACAUAUUGAGUAAAAGCAAAAUAGAUAGUGUUACACAACAAUUUAUAAUUAUUGAAUUAUUAUUGUACUGUUUCUUAUUUUAUUCUCAUUAAAAACUAAUUUACAACAAAUUGUUUUUAUUUGUAGUAAUUUUCACUAUAUAUUCUGUACUUUGGAGCAUAGUCUUUGGUUCGUAUAAAUGGAGAAGAAAAAGAAUACAGAGAAAAAAAUUUUAUAACAAUAAUUAGAAGAAACUUACUGUGAUAGCACAGAGGGAAUGAAUUUUAAUUAUGUAGGUUUUGGUUGCGAUUUUUUUUUAUUUUGCUUCAUUCUUUAUUUUUUUUUUACUUUUUUUUUAGAAUGAAAAGUAUACGUAACAAUGAAAAUGUUGACGUGUUCCAAUUAAUGUUUUUGCAAGUGUAGUUAGUACAUAAUCAUGUAGCUUUGGUAAAUAUUACUGGGCGGGAACGUAAAUCAGUUCACAUUCGAGUAAGCGUUAAAUAAUUAAUGCUGGUAUAAGGAGUAUUCGGUAUUUACUACUGUUAUUCCGAUUUAUAUCAAAUUUUACAGUACUGGUUAUCAUCUCGUCUUCCAAAAAGUCUGUAUCGCUCAUAAGUACAGAAUUUUAUGGUAUUGAAAUAUUAUAAUCAAUGAAAAAUAUUUUGUUGUUCGUUUUCGUUUGUUUAUUUGUUUAUUUUUCUUUUUUUUAAUUAUUAUUUUUUUGUUUGGUUACAACUUUUGCCUCUGUAAUUUUUUUUGUUCUUAUUUGUUUCUUUUAAAUGUAAUAGUACAUUGGUUUACUUAAAGAGCUUGUCAUCAUUGGCACACACAUAGCUAAGCAGAUUUGUAAGAACGUGAUUUUUGUAGCUCCAGUGGAAUAACAUAAAACAAAGAAGAAAAAAAAUAUUUGUAAAAUAUAAGGAUCGGCAACGUCCGCAUUGUUAUUAUUAAAUAUUAUUAUGAAUUGAACUAAUAUUAAUUAUUAAUAUAAAACUACCAAUAAUAUAAACACAAUCGAAAUAUAAAGAAAAAGAAAAAGUGAGCAAACUACAGAAGAAUGAAUAAUACAGAUUAUUAAGAGGCUUAGCUCACGCUGUAGUACGGGAUACAUUGAUAUUUUUAUAUAUUGCUGCGCCAUUAAUAUUUACUUAUUCAAUUAAGUCAGCCGGUUUGGUUUUUACUAAAAAGGUUUGGCUUUCAUGACUCGACUUGAAUCUAUCUCGGAGGGCCUAAUAAUAUAAAAUGGGGAAGAGUGCUGAAAUCUCGAAAUUUAACACAAUGAAGUUCAAUUCGUUUAUAAUAUUAUAACCAUUUAAUUAUAUUAUUUAUUUGGGAAUGAAGAAGUUUUGUGGAAUUUCGGUGAUGUGAAUUAUCAAUGAUGUUGGACAACAAGUCAGGGGGCUCUUCCGGUAAACCAUGUUCUAUGUGAAUGCCAAUUUUCGUUAAAUCUAAUGUACAAACUGUUACAGUUCGGUAUACAGAGGAAUACAUGAGGUGUAUAAAUGUAUCAUAAGUACGAAUUUGCUUUAUGUAUUGGAAAAUAGAUUUUCUCCUCAAGGAGAGAAUGAGAUUGUAUAAUUGAAAUAUUGGAGAAUAUGAGACAACGUAGAUAGCCCUUGGGUGGAAAUAAAUUAUUUUUAAAGUAUGUGAAAUGGUGUCAUUGCUUUCAAAAUAUCAAAUAAAUCAAAGAAAAUAUCGUAAGCUUGUAGCAAUGACACAAAAACUUCAUUGUUCUUACUGGUAUUCAGCGCUCACCCUAUAUACUACUUUAUCCUAUAUGAUAAAAUUUGAGGGAAAAAAAAAACAAAAAAUAAAUCGAGAGCAAGUAAGAGAAAUAGAAUCUUAUUUAAAUCAACGUGUUAUGAAAUUCAUGAUAGAACAAUAUGUAAUACACGCAUAGUUUAUCCAAGA